ACAUUCUCAAGCGAAGGGCCGAGCCUAAAUCUAAAUGUGGAGAUAAUUUCCAAGUUGCAGUCGUUUGAUUGAUGCUGUCGGCGCCACUUGGUCGCCUGGUCCUAUAAAUACAAACCUUGUGGUCGUCUGCUCCCACAGUAUUAGUACCUGCCUUGUCAGGUUGGAAGGAGUACACCAUUAAUGGCAGCUGCCGUGUUCCUUCUCCUUGCUUCUAUAGCUCUCUUCCUCUCGUGGGUGGUGGUGAAGACAGCAUACUCGUUGUGGUGGAAGCCCAGGCAGUACGCAGAGACCUUCAAGAGGCAAGGAAUCCAUGGCUACCCUUACAAGUUCUUCAUUGGCAACUCGAGGGAAGCGGCGAUCAUGCAAGAGAAAGCAUUGGCCAAGCCCAUGGCCUUCUCUCAUGAGUUACCCACACGAAUCUGGCCCUUCUUUAAGGAAGCUGUUGAUAAAUACGGUAGAAUUUCUCUCUCUUGGUUUGGGAAGACACCGCAGCUAAUCCUCAUGGAUGCGGAGAUGGUAAAAGAAGUCCUCUCCAACAAGUUUGGGCACUUCUCCAAGCCCCCUCAGUUGGCCCAGGGGAAGAUGCUGGUCAGUGGCCUCGCCAGCUUGGAAGGUGAACAAUGGGCAGUCCAGAGAAGGCGCCUCAAUCCAGUUUUCCAUUUGGAAAAGCUGAAGGGGAUGCUGCCAUCAUUCUCCACUUGUUGCAAUGAGCUGGUUCAAAGGUGGGAAAAAUCAAUUGGUUCCCAAGGAUUGUGUGAGUUAGAUGUAUGGAAGGAGUUUCAAAACCUUACUGGAGAUGUCAUCUCUAGGACUGCCUUUGGCAGUAACUAUGAAGAAGGCAGGCAGAUAUUCCAAAUGCAGAAGGAACAGACGGUGCUAGUGAUUAGAGCCUUGAGAAAAAAUUAUAUCCCUGGAUUAAGGUUUUUGCCCACAAAGGAGAACAAGAGGCAGAAGGAGCUGAACAGAAAGAUUAUAUCACUGCUUAAGAACAUAAUAGAGAAGAGGGAGAAGGAAAUGCAGUUGGGCAUUGCCAAAAAUGAUGAUCUGUUGGGUAUAUUAUUGGAAUCAAACAAGAACCACCUUGACCAUGGAGACAAGGGAAUGACAAGAGAGGAAGUCCUGGAGGAGUUCCAACUUUUUUACCUUGCUGGGCAGGAGACAACUUCAGUGUUGCUAACAUGGACCAUGGUUAUGCUCUCUAUGUACCCAAGCUGGCAGACGCGUGCAAGGGAAGAGGUUCUUCAAGUGUGCGGAAAGAACGUUCCUUCAUUUGACAGCUUAAGCCACCUGAAGACUGUCACUAUGGUUCUAAAUGAAGUUUUAAGAUUAUAUCCGCCUGCAAAUGCUAUGGUUAGACAAACUUACAAAACUGUAAAAUUGGGAGAUCUCACCCUCCCAGAAGGAGUUCGCCUAAUUUUGCCACUGCUCCUGAUCCACCACGAUCACAAGCUUUGGGGUGACGAUGCUGAGGAAUUCAAACCAGAGAGAUUCUCAGAAGGAAUUGCAAAUGCAUCUAAGAAUCAGUGGGCAUUCUUUCCGUUUAGUUGGGGUCCUCGGAUCUGCAUUGGCCAGACAUUUGCACUAAUUGAGGCUAAGAUGGCACUUGCCAUGAUUCUGCAACGCUUCUCCUUCGAACUGUCACCAAACUAUGCUCAUGCUCCGCAUCAGUUCAUAACCCUUCAACCUCAGUAUGGAGCUCAAAUCGUCCUGCAUUUUGUCUGAGUAGCACCACUGUGUUCGUUUCUUCCACACUUAUGCCUGACUGAGUUCCCAACCCUUGGUUUCUACUCAAUGUAGUACCGCGUAUUGCACGCAUUGUUGUCUACUGUACAAGUCACAUUUAAUAAAGAAACCAUUAGAUA